CAUCGAGAUUAAGCCUACUACUUGCGUACUUGUCAUGGCUUCCCGUAGUAACUUUCUUCUUCAUGCAUUUCUUUGGUUGGCUCUUGCAACCACUGCUUUUUCCUUAUCACCCAAAUUUUAUGACAGAGUUUGUCCCCAAGCUUUGCCUGCCAUCAAGAGAAUAGUGCAGGCUGCUGUCCACAGAGAGCCCCGCAUGGGUUCUUCUUUGCUUCGUUUGCACUUCCAUGAUUGCUUCGUUAAUGGCUGUGAUGGUUCACUUCUUUUGGAUUCUACCCGUGCUUUCGAAACCGAGAAAAAUGCACGUGGAAAUUUGAAUUCUGUGAGAGGUUUCGAAGUUGUAGAUGAGAUUAAGGCUGAAGUGGACAGAGCUUGUGGACGCCCCGUGGUCUCUUGUACUGAUAUCUUAGCAGUGGCUGCUCGAGAUUCCGUAGUUGCGCUUGGAGGUCCAGCAUGGAAGGUUCGUUUGGGUAGGAGAGACUCAACCACGGCUAGUAGGGCCUUAGCCGACAGUGUGCUUCCAUCGGCUUCAAUGGAUCUUCCUGCAUUGAUCGACAACUUCAAGAACCAGGGCUUGAACCAGAGAGAUCUUGUAGCUCUCUCCGGUGGAAACACCAUUGGCUUAUCAAGAUGUUUAAUCUUUAGGAACAGAAUUUACAAUGCAACCAAUAUUGACCCUGCCUUUGCCAAACAGCGUAGAGCCACUUGCCCACGCACCGGAGGGAACACUAAUCUCGCUCCUUUCGAUUCUACACCUGCCAAGUUUGACACUGCAUACUUCAGCAACCUAGUGAAGCAAAGGGGACUACUCACCUCAGAUCAGGCUCUUUUCAAUGGCGGCUCCACCGAUAAACUUGUAAAGACUUACAGCUUGAACCCUGAUGCUUUCUGGAAUGAUUUUGCGAAGUCUAUGAUUAGGAUGGGAAACAUUAAGCCUUUAACCGGAAAACAAGGACAGAUUCGUAUCAACUGCAGGAGGGCAAAUUGAUGACAAUCUCAACAUCAACUAAUUCUUGUUAU